UGUAUAUUAAUCUUCUUCUCCUACUAAGAUGAAGAGCAAAUUCAUCAAGUCUUGUGAAAAGAAACUCAAAGUAAUGACAAGCAAAGUCACAACACCUUGUACGUUUUGCGAGACAUGCUGCCAAAGAUUUUGCUUGGCGUUCAAGAAGGAAGCUGAGAUGAUCCCAAAAGAUGUCCCUAAGGGACACUUGGUUGUCUAUGUGGGUGAGGAAUCAAGGAGGUUUGUUAUAAAGAUCACCUUGCUUACACACCCACUCUUCAAGGCAUUGCUGGAUCAAGCACAAGAUGCUUACGGUUUCAGUAGUGCUGACUCCAGACUAUGUAUUCCUUGCGAUGUGAGUACCUUCCUCAAUGUUGCCCGUUGCGCCGGUGCUUUACAGGGCCAGAGCAACUGCAUGUGUAUCUAG